CUAGCUCACAUCAUUCCUGUCUGCUUCGCGUGUCUCCUUGCCCCAUGCCUGUCAGUGAAGCGUAAGUUAAACACCGUGCCGUAUAAGUAGUUUUAAUUUAGACUAAACCAUUCAAUAUUUUAUUGGUAUCUUUUCUUUUGUUUCUUUAAAAUUUAACAUUUGACCCAUUUUAGAUAUAUGUUUUAGCUGUUUCAAUAAGUAGGCCAGGAACGUAGUGCUGUGCGUCCAGUUGUUUUGACCUACAGCUGUUUCAAUAUGUAGGUCAGGAAUUUAGUGCUGUUCAUGUAGUUUUUAGACCUACAUCUGUUUCAAUAUGUAGGUCAUGAACGUAGUGUUGUUCAUUCAGUUGUUUUGACCGCCAGCUGUUUCAAUAUGUAGGUCAGGACGUAGUGCUGUGCGUCCAGUUGUUUUGACCCACAGCUGUUUCAAUAUGUAGGUCAGGAAUGUAGUGCUGUUAAUGUAGUUUUUUCGACCUACAUCGGUUUAAAUAUGUAAAUCAGAAACGUAGGGCUGUGCAUUCAGUUGUAUUGACCUAAAGAUAUUUUAGCCUCUACCGAGCUUUGUACUCUCCUGAAAUGGUUAGUGGGCAUUUCUUUAAAAUGAGCCACAACGUCUACACUAAGUAUGCAGCAAAUAUUUCCGACAACUGUUGGAGCAUUGGAGUACGGUACAUCAUAUAAUCUUGAUAAUAAAACAAAACGGGAUCAUUUUAAAACUCAGCUACCAUGUUCUGGCCAUCCUCUUUUCAUCUUCUGACCAUCUUGUGGACAUCUUCUGGUCAUCUUGCGGCCAUGUUCUAACCAUUUUGCGGUCAUCUUCUGGACACAUUCUGACCAUCUUCUGGCCAUCUUCUGACCAUCUUGUCACCAUCUUCUGACCAUCUUGUGGAUAUCUUCUGGCCACAUUCUGGCCAUCUUCCGGUUAUCUUCUUACUAUCUUCUACAAAUCUUUUGGACAUCUUCAGACCAUCUUCUGGCAUUCUUCUUACAAUAUUCUCACAAUAUUUUGGCCAUCUUCUGGGCAUCUUCUGGCCACAUUCUGACCAUGUUGUGGACAUCUUCUGACCAUCUUGUGGCCAUCUUCUGGCCCUCUUAUGGAACUCUUCUGACAUCUUGUGGACAUCUUCUGGUCAUAUUCGGACCAUCUUCUGGUCAUCUUCUAGCCAUCUUCUAGCUAUCAGCUGUAACAGGACAAAAUGAUGAAAUAAUACAUUUUUACACAAUAGCCGACAGAAAAAAAAGAGAUUUUCUAUUAAUAAAAUGACACGUUUUGCGACACCCUCUCACAAAUAUUUUUUGUGUUGGCAUCUUACAAGCUGUGAGAUGUGUAGUUAGGUUUAAAGAUGAGUUCCAGCUAAUCACGACUUACUUCAUGGCAAAAGCUUGAUUACUAAUUACAAAGCAAUAUCUAACUGCAUGAGUCCCAAAAAUGAACAUUUUUUAUAUCAAAGGCGAAGUCUACACUGACUUCACUAUCAUUCAAUACAUUUUGUGGUCUUGACAAAAUAACUUUUGUAUUUCUUCAAUUGUUAUAAAAUCUACGUCUCUUAGUACAUUCAAUUGUUAUAAAAUCUACGUCUCUUAGUACAUUCAAUUGUUAUAAAAUCUACGUCUCUUAGUACAUUCAAUUGUUAUAAAAUCUACGUCUCUUAGUACAUUCAAUUGUUAUAAAAUCUACGUCUCUUAGUACAUUCAAUUGUUAUAAAAUCUACGUCUCUUAGUACAUUCAAUUGUUAUGAAAUCUACGUGUCUUAGUACAUUCAAUUGUUAUAAAAUCUACGUCUCUUAGUACAUUCAAUUGUUAUAAAAUCUACGUCUCUUAGUACAUUCAAUUGUUAUAAAAUCUACGUCUCUUAGAACAUUCAAUUGUUAUAAAAUCUACGUCUCUUAGUACAUUCAAUUGUUAUAAAAUCUACGUCUCUUAGUACAUUCAAUUGUUAUAAAAUCAACGUCUCUUAGUACAUUCAAUUGUUAUAAAAUCUACGUCUCUUAGUACAUUCAAUUGUUAUAAAAUCUACGUCUCUUAGUACAUUCAAUUGUUAUAAAAUCUACGUCUCUUAGUACAUUCAAUUGUUAUGAAAUCUACGUGUCUUAGUACAUUCAAUUGUUAUAAAAUCUACGUCUCUUAGUACAUUCAAUUGUUAUAAAAUCUACGUCUCUUAGUACAUUCAAUUGUUAUAAAAUCUACGUCUCUUAGAACAUUCAAUUGUUAUAAAAUCUACGUCUCUUAGUACAUUCAAUUGUUAUAAAAUCUACGUCUCUUAGUACAUUCAAUUGUUAUAAAAUCAACGUCUCUUAGUACAUUCAAUUGUUAUAAAAUCUACGUCUCUUAGUACAUUCAAUUGUUAUAAAAUCUACGUCUCUUAGUACAUUCAAUUGUUAUAAAAUCUACGUCUCUUAGUACAUUCAAUUGUUAUAAAAUCUACGUCUCUUAGUACAUUCAAUUGUUAUAAAAUCUACGUCUCUUAGUACAUUCAAUUGUUAUAAAAUCUACGUCCCUUAGUACAUUCAAUUGUUAUAAAAUCUAAGUUUCUUAGUACAUUCAAUUGUUAUAAAAUCUACGUCUCUUAGUACAUUCAAUUGUUAUAAAAUCUACGUUUCUUAGUACAUUCAAUUGUUAUAAAAUCUACGUUUCUUAGUACAUUCAAUUGUUAUAAAAUCUACGUCUCUUAGUACAUUCAAUUGUUAUAAAAUCUACGUCUCUUAGUACAUUCAAUUGUUAUAAAAUCUACGUCUCUUAGUACAUUCAAUUGUUAUAAAAUCUACGUCUCUUAGUACAUUCAAUUGUUAUAAAAUCUACGUCUCUUAGUACAUUCAAUUGUUAUAAAAUCUACGUCUCUUAGUACAUUCAAUUGUUAUGAAAUCUACGUGUCUUAGUACAUUCAAUUGUUAUAAAAUCUACGUCUCUUAGUACAUUCAAUUGUUAUAAAAUCUACGUCUCUUAGUACAUUCAAUUGUUAUAAAAUCUACGUCUCUUAGAACAUUCAAUUGUUAUAAAAUCUACGUCUCUUAGUACAUUCAAUUGUUAUAAAAUCUACGUCUCUUAGUACAUUCAAUUGUUAUAAAAUCAACGUCUCUUAGUACAUUCAAUUGUUAUAAAAUCUACGUCUCUUAGUACAUUCAAUUGUUAUAAAAUCUACGUCUCUUAGUACAUUCAAUUGUUAUAAAAUCUACGUCUCUUAGUACAUUCAAUUGUUAUGAAAUCUACGUGUCUUAGUACAUUCAAUUGUUAUAAAAUCUACGUCUCUUAGUACAUUCAAUUGUUAUAAAAUCUACGUCUCUUAGUACAUUCAAUUGUUAUAAAAUCUACGUCUCUUAGAACAUUCAAUUGUUAUAAAAUCUACGUCUCUUAGUACAUUCAAUUGUUAUAAAAUCUACGUCUCUUAGUACAUUCAAUUGUUAUAAAAUCAACGUCUCUUAGUACAUUCAAUUGUUAUAAAAUCUACGUCUCUUAGUACAUUCAAUUGUUAUAAAAUCUACGUCUCUUAGUACAUUCAAUUGUUAUAAAAUCUACGUCUCUUAGUACAUUCAAUUGUUAUAAAAUCUACGUCUCUUAGUACAUUCAAUUGUUAUAAAAUCUACGUCUCUUAGUACAUUCAAUUGUUAUAAAAUCUACGUCUCUUAGUACAUUCAAUUGUUAUAAAAUCUACGUCUCUUAGUAAAUUCAAUUGUUAUAAAAUCUACGUCCCUUAGUACAUUCAAUUGUUAUAAAAUCUAAGUUUCUUAGUACAUUCAAUUGUUAUAAAAUCUACGUCUCUUAGUACAUUCAAUUGUUAUAAAAUCUACGUCUCUUAGUACAUUCAAUUGUUAUAAAAUCUACGUCUCUUAGUACAUUCAAUUGUUAUAAAAUCUACGUCUCUUAGUACAUUCAAUUGUUAUAAAAUCUACGUCUCUUAGUACAUUCAAUUGUUAUAAAAUCUACGUCUCUUAGUACAUUCAAUUGUUAUAAAAUCUACGUCUCUUAGUACAUUCAAUUGUUAUAAAAUCUACGUCUCUUAGUACAUUCAAUUGUUAUAAAAUCUACGUCUCUUAGUACAUUCAAUUGUUAUAAAAUCUACGUCUCUUAGUACAUUCAAUUGUUAUAAAAUCUACGUCUCUUAGUACAUUCAAUUGUUAUAAAAUCUACGUCUCUUAGUACAUUCAAUUGUUAUAAAAUCUACGUCUCUUAGUACAUUCAAUUGUUAUAAAAUCUACGUCUCUUAGUACAUUCAAUUGUUAUAAAAUCUACGUCUCUUAGUACAUUCAAUUGUUAUAAAAUCUACGUCUCUUAGUACAUUCAAUUGUUAUAAAAUCUACGUCUCUUAGUACAUUCAAUUGUUAUAAAAUCUACGUCUCUUAGUACAUUCAAUUGUUAUAAAAUCUACGUCUCUUAGUACAUUCAAUUGUUAUAAAAUCUACGUCUCUUAGUACAUUCAAUUGUUAUAAAAUCUACGUCUCUUAGUACAUUCAAUUGUUAUAAAAUCUACGUCUCUUAGUACAUUCAAUUGUUAUAAAAUCUACGUCUCUUAGUACAUUCAAUUGUUAUAAAAUCUACGUCUCUUAGUACAUUCAAUUGUUAUAAAAUCUACGUCUCUUAGUACAUUCAAUUGUUAUAAAAUCUACGUCUCUUAGUACAUUCAAUUGUUAUAAAAUCUACGUCUCUUAGUACAUUCAAUUGUUAUAAAAUCUACGUCUCUUAGUACAUUCAAUUGUUAUAAAAUCUACGUCUCUUAGUACAUUCAAUUGUUAUAAAAUCUACGUCUCUUAGUACAUUCAAUUGUUAUAAAAUCUACGUCUCUUAGUACAUUCAAUUGUUAUAAAAUCUACGUCUCUUAGUACAUUCAAUUGUUAUAAAAUCUACGUCUCUUAGUACAUUCAAUUGUUAUAAAAUCUACGUCUCUUAGUAAAUUCAAUUGUUAUAAAAUCUACGUCUCUUAGUACAUUCAAUUGUUAUAAAAUCUACGUUUCUUAGUACAUUCAAUUGUUAUAAAAUCUACGUUUCUUAGUACAUUCAAUUGUAAUAAAAUCUUCGUCUUUUAUCUAUUCAAUUAAUUCAACGUCUACGUCGCUUAGUACGGCACAUUCAAUUGUUAUAAAAUUUACGAUUCUUAGUACAUUAAAAUGCAAUUCUUUUACCCCAUGUACAAAAGGUAAAUUAUAAGCACAUCCAAAAGCCUAAGUACAGACAAUCCUAAUGAUACACCAAUCCUAAGUACACACAAACCUAAUGAUACUCCAAUCCUAAGUAAACACAAAGCUCAAAUACACACACAAUUUUAAGUACGCAUACAAUCUUAAGCACACACAUACUCACACACACACAGACACACACACUCACACACACAAACACACACACACACACACAAACACACACACACACAAACACAAACACACAUACACACACAUAUACACACACACACAAUCCUAAGGACACAGUUUGAAAUUCAGGUUUUAAUCAAAGUCAAAAUAUUAAUUUUCAUUCCACCGCUGACCAAUGCCACGUAGACUGUCAGUUCGGAUGGUUCGGGCCAGAAUGUCAAUACUUGUGUCACUGCCAAAUGUGGUGCCGACCAGAUGGACACUGCGAGGGCGGGUGUGACAGGGGAUGGUUCGGACCACAGUGCCAGUACGGUGGGUAUUUGGGCUACUUAUUCGGGCUACUUAUUCGGGCUACUUAUUCGGGCUACUUAUUCGGGCUACUUUAUUCUUCAUAAGGGUGCUCAAUGUUUUUGGGUAUUAAUAAUUUCUAGACCUAUUCAAAAUUUAAGGAAUUUCUUUAGUUUACAGAGGUACUCGACAUUUGUUUGGUAUUUUAGCAUUUCUAAAAUUGUUUAUUUUACUUUUAAUUUUUAAUUUUUUUCCCUCGUAUUCACGGAUUUUAUAAUUUCAAUGGAAUAUUAACUCCUUGUGUAUGUUUUAAAAAAAAAAUACAUUUUUGAUACACAACAUUUGUGGUGUUUUAUCUUUUAUAGAGUUUAUCUCAAUAUUAAUAGAGAUCAUAAUUUGUAACGGCGCUCAGUAUUUGUAAUGAAAUUGAACCAAUGUGAUGUUCAUCAUUUCUAGAGAUGCCCGCAUUCUUUGUAUUUCAUCAUCUCUAGAUUUUUGGUUUUUGCUCAGUCUUUAGGGAGAGUUUAUAAUUUCAACAGAUAAUGAAACUUUGGUUCAUUAUAGCAUAUUUAAGGAUUUUAAAAAAUGAAUUGGGAUCACCGGGUAUUUAAACAAGAAUUAUUUAGAGAGAUACCGAAAAGUUGGGAUAUUCUACCAUUACUUGAGGUACUCAUAGAUUGGGGUAUUUUGUCAUUUCCAGAGUUAGCCAUAAAUUGGGAUAUUGUAUCAUUCCUAGAGUGUGUAAUCAAUGAGGAUAUUUAUUGUUUCUAGAGUUACUCAACAAUUGGGGUAUUUUAUCCUUUCUAGAGAUACUUAACAUGUCGGAGCCUUUACUAUGGUUCAGUUUCCCUCGCUAUAAGUAUUAUUUCUUAAAUAUUAUUUUAUUUCUAAUUCUCCAUGUCUUUUAAAAUUUUUAUUUAGAGCUAAAAUCCCAUCUCCGCUGUUCUUUCUACGCUGCAUCAUUGUCUUCUUUUUUCCAUGAUUCCCUUGGUAUUCACAAGUUCUCUCAAUCGUCUGUAUUUUCAUAUCUUGCACCCACUCCCCUGCCAACUGACUUUCUACAUUCACCAUAUCGUCUCCUCAACUCUGUGACUCUUUACUUCGUUCUCACCUGGAGAUAUAACGGUGGGCGGCUACACUAUCUGUCACUCUCUACUUAACUUAUCAUUGUUCUCAUCUAGAGGAUAUAACAGUGGGCGCUACACUGAGACCAGACGUGGACAAGAGAUUGUUUGAUGGCAACGAUAGGACCUGCAACUCCAACAAUGGAUCACGUGACAUCAAGAUGUUCUGGACAGCGCAACAGCCAGUGGUGUGGAUAAGAAUCGCCGUGGAUGAUCCAGGUUUGGGAUCUUUGCACGUCAUACAAAUAUUUUCCUUCAUACGGAACUCCAUUUAUAGUUUGGUGAACAUCCACAUUAGGGGCAAGACGCUGUAACAAGAUAAGCUAAACCAGGGCUCUCAAAUUCGCGGCCUGCGGACCACUUGAGGCCGCCAAGUUGAAAUUUUGUGGCCCGACAGCUGAUAGCAAAGUUAAGGGUUGAUGCGGCCCAAUUUCACUCAGACUGUACCUUCUGCGGCCCCCGGAUAAUUUGAGUUUGAGAACCCUGAUCUAAACCAACGAUUAAAAUCAUUAGCAAGUUUGGUCAGUUAAUUUGCAAAUGAAUAAGCACCAGACUGAUUGAUUGGAUCUUCAUGUAGCGCUGGUAUCCAUGCUACUUUAGCAUAAUCACUGCGCCUUGGUUUCCUUAAAUCAGACUGGUUGGCCACCAUUUGACAUUUUAAGCAAAAUUACUUUUUAAAUAAAUAUAUUUCAGAACGGUUGAGUCGGGAUAAAAAAAGUGAAAAAGUAAAGUGGUCUUGGGGACUAAACCGUGUGCCGAAAUGUCAGCUCUUCAGCUCAUCGGGAAGGGAACUAAAUAGUUGACCCUAUAACAAGCAAAAGGCAAAGCACAUAAGUGACUUUGAAAGAGAGUCUAGAUUAGUUUUUUUUUAGAUUGCUUUGAGAGAGUCUAGAUUAGUUUUUUUAGAUGCUUUGAGAGAAUCUAGAUUAGGUUUUUGUAGAUUGCUUUGAGAGAGUCUAGAUUAGGUUCUUUAGAUUGCCUUAAGAGAGUCUAGAUUAGGUUCUUUAGAUUGCCUUGAGAGAGUCUAGGUUAGAUCUUUUAGAUCGCUUGAUGUACUCAAUGCAUUUUUGUGUUAUGCCUCUAGCUCACGUCUCCAUGCAUCCCUUACUUUAUGUGUCUGCCUCUAGCUCGCGUCUCCAUGCUUCCCUUACUUUAUGUGUCUGCCUCUAGCUCGCGUCUCCAUGCAUCCCUUACUUUAUGUGUCUGCCUCUAGCUCGCGUCUCCAUGCAUCCCUUACUUUAUGUGUCUGCCUCUAGCUCGCGUCUCCAUGCAUCCCUUACUUUAUGUGUCUGCCUCUAGCUCGCGUCUCCAUGCAUCCCUUACUUUAUGUGUCUGCCUCUAGCUCGCGUCUCCAUGCAUCCCUUACUUUAUGUGUCUGCCUCUAGCUCGCGUCUCCAUGCAUCCCUUACUUUAUGUGUCUGCCUCUAGCUCGCGUCUCCAUGCAUCCCUUACUUUAUGUGUCUGCCUCUAGCUCGCGUCUCCAUGCAUCCCUUACUUUAUGUGUCUGCCUCUAGCUCGCGUCUCCAUGCAUCCCUUACUUUAUGUGUCUGCCUCUAGCUCGCGUCUCCAUGCAUCCCUUACUUUAUGUGUCUGCCUCUAGCUCGCGUCUCCAUGCAUCCCUUACUUUAUGUGUCUGCCUCUAGCUCGCGUCUCCAUGCAUCCCUUACUUUAUGUGUCUGCCUCUAGCUCGCGUCUCCAUGCAUCCCUUACUUUAUGUGUCUGCCUCUAGCUCGCGUCUCCAUGCAUCCCUUACUUUAUGUGUCUGCCUCUAGCUCGCGUCUCCAUGCAUCCCUUACUUUAUGUGUCUGCCUCUAGCUCGCGUCUCCAUGCAUCCCUUACUUUAUGUGUCUGCCUCUAGCUCGCGUCUCCAUGCAUCCCUUACUUUAUGUGUCUGCCUCUAGCUCGCGUCUCCAUGCAUCCCUUACUUUAUGUGUCUGCCUCUAGCUCGCGUCUCCAUGCAUCCCUUACUUUAUGUGUCUGCCUCUAGCUCGCGUCUCCAUGCAUCCCUUCCUUUAUGUGUCUGCCUCUAGCUCGCGUCUCCAUGCAUCCCUUACUUUAUGUGUCUGCCUCUAGCUCGCGUCUCCAUGCAUCCCUUACUUUAUGUGUCUGCCUCUAACUCGUGUUUUCAUUUAUCCCAUACUUUCUGUUUAUAUGUGCUGGUUGAUACGUACCAUUUGAUAUGUGCUCAUUGAUUCAAAUCUAUUCAUAUGUUCUCGUAUAUAUGUACCAGUUUUUACGUGUCCACUGACAUAUAUUUGUUAAUUAUAUGCCCUGUAACAUAUCCACGUGGAUAUUAUCCAAUUGAAUUGCAACUGUUUACUUGCAUGGAAUGUUUGAUUCUAUAAUUACACACAUACACAAUUAAUCAUAUAUCCUAUCAAUGUAUCACAUGUAGAUUGUGCAAUUUAUAUAAACUAUACUAUCAAUCUAUCAGAAGUAGAUUGGGCUAUUAUUCUAAGCUGUCCUAUCAAUGUAUCACAUGUAGAUUGUGCUAUUAUUCUAACCUCUCCUUUCAAUGUAUCACAUGUAGGUUGUUCUAUUUAUCUAACCAAUCCUAUCAAUGUAUCACAUGUAGGUUGCUCUAUUUAUCUAACCAAUCCUAUCAAUGUAUCACAUGUAGGUUGUUCUAUUUAUCUAACCAAUCCUAUCAAUGUAUCACAUGUAGGUUGUUCUAUUUAUCUAACCAAUCCUAUCAAUGUAUCACAUGUAGGUUGUUCUAUUUAUCUAACCAAUCCUAUCAAUGUAUCACAUGUAGGUUGUUCUAUUUAUCUAACCAAUCCUAUCAAUGUAUCACAUGUAGGUUGUUCUAUUUAUCUAACCAAUCCUAUCAAUGUAUCACAUGUAGGUUGUUCUAUUUAUCUAACCAAUCCUAUCAAUGUAUCACAUGUAGGUUGUUCUAUUUAUCUAACCAAUCCUAUCAAUGUAUCACAUGUAGGUUGUUCUAUUUAUCUAACCAAUCCUAUCAAUGUAUCACAUGUAGGUUGUUCUAUUUAUCUAACCAAUCCUAUCAAUGUAUCACAUGUAGGUUGUUCUAUUUAUCUAACCAAUCCUAUCAAUGUAUCACAUGUAGGUUGUUCUAUUUAUCUAACCAAUCCUAUCAAUGUAUCACAUGUAGGUUGUUCUAUUUAUCUAACCAAUCCUAUCAAUGUAUCACAUGUAGGUUGUUCUAUUUAUCUAACCAAUCCUAUCAAUGUAUCACAUGUAGGUUGUUCUAUUUAUCUAACCAAUCCUAUCAAUGUAUCACAUGUAGGUUGUUCUAUUUAUCUAACCAAUCCUAUCAAUGUAUCACAUGUAGGUUGUUCUAUUUAUCUAACCAAUCCUAUCAAUGUAUCACAUGUAGGUUGUUCUAUUUAUCUAACCAAUCCUAUCAAUGUAUCACAUGUAGGUUGUUCUAUUUAUCUAACCAAUCCUAUCAAUGUAUCACAUGUAGGUUGUUCUAUUUAUCUAACCAAUCCUAUCAAUGUAUCACAUGUAGGUUGUUCUAUUUAUCUAACCAAUCCUAUCAAUGUAUCACAUGUAGGUUGUUCUAUUUAUCUAACCAAUCCUAUCAAUGUAUCACAUGUAGGUUGUUCUAUUUAUCUAACCAAUCCUAUCAAUGUAUCACAUGUAGGUUGUGCAGUGUAUCUGAUUAAAAUCCCAGAAAUGGUGCACAUAAGAAGCCGGACACACCCCCUUUUCUUUCAAAACGCUAAUGUGGGUUGAAAUGAAUUGACGACCUUCUUAAACGUACUGACUGCUAUUCCUCUUUUCCCAGAUCACCUCAGACUGGUCCACAAUCUAAGUUCUGACAGGCAUUCCUCUUUUCCCAGAUCACCUCAGACUGGUCCAGAAUCUAAGUUCUGACAGCCAUUCCUCUUUUCCCAGAUCACCUCAGACUGGUAUAGAAUCUAAGUACCGACAGAUAUUCCUCUUUUCCCAGAUCACCUCAGACUGGUACAGAAUCUAAGUUCUGACAGCUAUUCCCAUUUUUCGAGAUCACCGCAGACUGGUACAGAAUCUAAGUUCUGACAGCUAUUCCCAUUUUCCGAGAUCCCCUCAGACUGGUCCAGAAUCUAAGUUCUGACAGCCAUUCCCAUUUUCUGAGAUCACCUCAGACUGGUACAGAAUCUAAGUUCUGACAGCUAUUCCUCUUUUCCGAGAUCACCCCAGACUGGUCCAGAAUCUAACAUCUGACAGCUAUUCCUUUUUUUCCAGAUCACCUGAGACUGGAACAGAAUCUAAGUUCUGACAACUAUUCCAAUUUUCCGAAAUCACCUCAGACCGGUCCAGAAUCUAAGUUCUGACAGCUAUUCCUCUUUUCCCAGAUAACCUCAGACUGGUCCAGAAUCUAAGUUCUGACAGCUAUUCCUCUUUUCCCAGAAAACCUCAGACUGGUCCAGAUUCUAAGUAUUUCGUUUGGUGUUAAUGUGACCAGUGAGGAUAAAAAAAUGGUCAUCAUCGGGUCAAGGACGAUGGACAUCCACUUCGCACGAAUUCUGACGAGCGACCUUGAGCUGAGUGGAGACGCCGUGCCUCAUAUUUGCUCUGUCUACGCCACUGCAGGUCGGUCCUGAUGGAAGUAUUGAUCAUAAAAUUUAGAAUUGCUGUAUUUUCUUUAAUUACCCGUUUCUGAAACAAUUCCGUCAAUUAAAAAAAAUAAUAAAAAAAUUAUCGCUUAAUAUUUUUUUAUUCGUCCGAUCCUCGGUUUAAUUUAUUUUAAAAUUCUCAAAAAGUUCCACAGGUUGUGUGUAUUCAAAUAAAUGUUUUUAUUUCUCAUGUGUUAGCAUUGGAACUGUGUGAUGUCAGCACGCGAAUCUACGCAUGAUGGAGAAGAUGAUAAGUAAACGGGCUGGAUGAACAGGCAACACUACCGUUAAUAUGAACAAUGCUGAUUGAUAAAGUGAUUAGUUUAAUGAUUGUUGGGGGGAUAUCGGCAAUAGACGCAUUUUUUUAUGAUGUAAGAUAUAUAUACACCCUCCUAAGCUUGAGGAUGAGUAGCAACCUUGCAAUAACAACACAAACGUACAUAUUGGUUUUGUAUCAACAUCUAUUUGUAUCAGACAUCUAUUGGUAUCAGACAUAUUUUUGUAUCAGACAUCUAUUUGUAUCAGACAUCUAUUUGUAUCAGACAUGCCUUUUUGUCAGACAUGCCUUUUUGUCAGACAUGUAUUUGUAUCAGACAUGUAUUUGUAUCAGACAUGUAUUUGUAUCAGACAUGUAUUUGUAUCAGGCAUCUAUUUUUAUCAGCCGUCUAUUUGUAUCAGACAUGUAUUUGUAUCAGACAUGUAUUUGUAUCAGACAUGUAUUUGUAUCAGACAUGUAUUUGUAUCAGACAUGUAUGUAUCAGCAUCUAUUUGUAUCAGACAUGUAUUUGAAUCAGACAUGUAUUUGUAUCAGGCAUCUAUUUGUAUCAGGCAUGUAUUUGUAUCAGGCAUCUAUUUGUAUCAGACAUGUAUUCGUAUCAGACAUGUAUUCGUAUCAGACAUGUAUUUGUAUCAGACAUGUAUUUGUAUCAGACAUGUAUUUGUAUCAGACAUGUAUUUGCAUCAGACAUGUAUUUGUAUCAGACAUGUAUUUGUAUCAGACAUGUAUUUGUAUCAGACAUGUAUUUGUAUCCGACAUGUAUUUGUAUCCGACAUGUAUUUGUAUCAGGCAUGUAUUUGUAUCCGACAUGUAUAUGUAUCAGACAUGUUUUUGUCACCAGGGCGUAACGUGGCCAUCAAGCAAAGGGUCACCCAGUCCAGCGUCUACGCCGACCAAAUUUGCGAUGAGUCCUGCGCACUGCCGGAAAACGCGGUGGACGGCAGGCGAGAUCCCAACCUGUUCGCUAAGAGCUGUACGCACACCAGGCAUCAGAGCGUGCCCCCCAGCUGGAAUCUGACCUUGCGCACCCCAUCCUACGUCAACAAAUAUGUGCUUUACAACCGAGACGGUGCGUAUCGCUAUAGUGACACGAGUGAACGAUGAGCAGAAGUGGCAAACAAUAUAUUAUCUGUCUUUCACGAAACAUUUCCGACAAUGUACCGGUAGUGAUGGUAACUUAUCAGACUUACAAAUUUAUCCACUUCUAGAAAUAUUUUACAUGAAAGGAAAUUAAUGUACAGAGCUUCGCAUUUAAAUAUUAAUUGUAACGAAUAAAGAUAGAUAUGUAUACACCUCUCAAACGCUUGUAAAGGCUUUGGACUGUCAAAUAGUUAUCAGAAAACAAAUGGCAAGAUGCAAGAAGCACCGUCCCUCUAAACAUAUCUGUUGAGGGCCAUAAUCUGUCAGUAAUUGAGCAUUUCCACAUAUAAAACCUUGUAUCUAUUAUCUCUAAUUGGCGACGAGGUAAACAUCAGGAUCACAAAAGCAGCAGCAACUGUGGCUAAAUUAAAUUGGCGGGUGUGGACUAAUCUUUAACUAACUGAUGUUAAAAAAUGAAACUUCUAUCAAGUAUGUGUGUUUAAAAUGCUCCUUUAUGGCAGUGAAGUGUCGACCGCAUAUGCCAGUCAUGAGCGGAAAAUCAACAGCGUCUAUCAAAGAUGUCUGCGUCGCAUUUUACGCAUUCGAUGGCAGGACAGGGUGCCCAACAAAGAGGAACGUGCAAAAAUGCAAGAGGCGUCAUCGCUAAGUAGACCAUUUAAGGAGAAUGGAGGAAGGCCGUUACCAAAAAAGCUGCUGUAUGGAGAGUUAGCAGAAUGGACAAGACUUAUUGGACGGCCAUGACUGCGUUUUACGUACGUUUGCAAAAGGAGAAUGAGGGAAGCUAACAUUGAAAUAAACGAAUGGGAGAUCAGUGGUGAGCACCGAUACAGCUGGCGAACAGCAGUGUAUGAAGGAGUUAAAAAGACAGAAGCGUUCACAAAAUAAAAAAGUGCAUUACGGAAGACCAAAUUAAACCGAAAGUCAAGAUUCUCCUGUGCGAAAUGCAACCUAGACUGCCCUUCCAGGAUUGGCCUUGUAGGCCAUUUGAUGAAGUGUUCUUAGCGAUUCCAUCGUCUCGCGAAGGUGGAAGGAUCCAACAAAUGUUAAAGACUGUCUUAGUGCAAUUGUUUGUUUACAUAUAUAUGUAUUAUGUAUAUAUUCAUAUAUUACCCAAAAUGUGUAAACAAACAAUUGCACAAAGACAAUGUUUAACACACACACACACAGAUGUACAAGAGAGUUUAUUCGAUUGGGCUAGCAGAUAUUAAGCAAAGGCUACAUUUUUUUUUAAUUGUAGACAGACCAUUCUUAGUAUUGCAUUUGUUAGCAGGCCAUCUUUACAUUUAUUUUUAUUAACCGGCUAUCCUUACAGUUUGUUUUUAUAGGCACACCGUAUUAAAUAUUGGUGGUUAACACGGCCUCCUAACAUCAAAUUUUUGUUCAACUUUCAAACCUUACAUUGUUGUUUGUUAACAGUUUAUUGGUACCGGUUGAGUAAAUUUGAAAUUUCUGUGACUACGUCAAGCUCUAAGUCGCUGAAGUACAAUGACACCGCUUUGGUCCAGGCGGUCUAUCACGUAGUGUCCAUUGACGCCACGGAAGCCGUGAAGAGUGUCGUCAUUAGAGCGAUGCACGAGACCAAGAUUCUCACCCUGUGCGAAGUGGAGUUGUAUGGAGGUAGGAAGACAUCUCCCAGGCACGUGUCGCGUGGAGAUGUAAGAAAUUUAAGGGACAUGUUUGGUGCUUUGAGGAUAUGUGUUGUGGUAUGUGAAGAAAUUGUGGCAUGCGGAGAUUCUGUGGUAUUUGAAGAUUUGUGAUAUGUGAAGAUUUUGUGACAUCUGAUGAUGUGGUAUGUGAAGAUGUUGUGGUAUGUGACAGUUUUGUGGUGUGUUAAGAUGUUGGGGCAUGUGAAUAUGUUGUAGUAUGGGAAGAAAUUGUUGUACGUGAUGAUGUUGUGGUAUGUGAAGAUUUUGUGGUAUGCGAAAAAUGUGUUGUAUGUGAAGACGUUAUGGACGAUUGGUGUUCAUUUUAUGCGGCUCUGGGUAAUUAUAAUUUGUUAAGUUUUUAUUAUUUAAAUUUAGAUGGCAUUUCUUUAUGUACUUAAAUUAGUAGUUGUAAUACUGAUGUUUUUUAUAUCUAAAAUAAUACUCGUCAGAAAUAUUUAGUCAUAGAAAUGGUCAGUCAUAGAAAUGGUCAGUCAUAGAUAUGGACAGUCAUAGAAAUGGUUAGUCAUAGAAAUGGUCAGUCAUAGAUAUGGGCAGUCAAAAAUAGUCACUAAUUUCCAAAUGCGGCAGGGACAAGUGCACUAAUUUCCCAGUGCACCAGUGACCGGUGCACUUAUUUCGAAAUGCACAGGGGACCAGUGCACUAAUUUCCCAGUGCACCAAGGACCGGUGCACUUAUUUCGAAAUGCACAAGGGACCAGUGCACUAAUUUCCCAAUGCGCACGUGACCAGUGACAUGUUGAUGUACUUUUGUUCUCAUUUAUUUGACCUUAAAUAUGUCAUAAAAUAUUUUAAAAUCCAUAAUGAGCCAAUUCGAUGGAACACGAAAAACUUUAGAUAUUAAUGGUACCUGAUAUGUUGUUUUUUUUAUUCAUAAGGGUGUUUAAAAAUAUAAAAAAAAACACCAAAACUAAACAAAUUCUAAAGCAAAUUUUGAUAUUUUUACAACUUUAAUUUAUAAUAUUUGGUAGUAAAAAAUUACUAUUGGAGGAAGACACAUUUUAGCUAGCAGUGACUAUUUAUUGAGAGACGUUGGCAUGAUUAUGGCUUUUUAUCACUCAUCAAAUCAUGGCAGGACUGUAGACAGUGCUACACGGUCCGCGAACAACACCUUGAGAAGCGCUGUUAUAAAAUUAUUAAUAAUGUAUGUUUGGAUGGCAUGUUCCAGAUGCUCAGUGUCCACGGGGAUUCUACGGACGCGACUGUGAACUCCAGUGCAACUGUCGCAAUCAAACAGAGCCAUGUCUUGUCAGUACAGGAGGAUGCGUGUCUGGCUGCCAUGACGGCUUCAUCGGAGCAGGUUGUCUGGCACGUGAGUUGGGCAGCCGUAGAAGAAGUGUGUCAGGGUAUGCCGGUUGUUGAAGAGAGACUCAGUGUUGGGAACUGGAACUAAUCGCGGGACAUUUGGGUCUAGGCGUGGGGGGGCAUACGAUUCUACUGGUGGGGCAUUAGGGUCUAUUGGUGGGGCAUUCGGGUCUACUGGUGGGACAUUUGGGUCUAAUUGGGGGCAUUUAUUUCUUAUGGUGGUUCUUAUGGUGGGGCAUAUAUGUCUAAUGGUGAGGAAAUGGGAUCUUAUGAUGGGGCAUUAGGUUCUAAUGGUGGGGCAUUUGGGUCUAAUGGUGGGGCAUUUGGGUCUAAUGGUGGGGCAUUUGGGUCUAAUGGUGGGACACUUGGGCCUAAUGGUGAGGCAUGUGGGUCUACUUGUGGUUGAUUUUGGGUCUAAUGGUGAGGCUUUUGGGUAUGAUAUUGAGGCAUUUGGGUCUAGUGGUGAGGCUUUUGGGUGUAGGGUAAGGGAUGAAUGCUGUACGUAUACUUGUCAGUGUCAGUAUGGAUGUGUCUUGUUUUGAUGAAAACUCCCACGGUUAGGACUAUUUAUAUACAUUGCUACGAUAAACAUUUUAGACAGUGUUGUGUUUUCACAAAAUGAUAAGUUUUGUCGGGAUAACCGAUCCACCAGUUUGGUUUUCAAAUAAUUGAAGAUACACCAGCAUGUUCCUUCUAUCAAGGCUCUAAGCUGAUCGUAUUUGCAAUAGCUUGGUUAAGAUCCUUUCGAUUUGUUGGCAUGUUUGAACAGAUUACCCGAAUUGUCGCUAUGAGAACAUAUAUUCUUAUCAAAAUACAACCCUACAGCUGAUCCGCUUGAAGAGUUCCUGAAACAUGUUUUAUUUUAUCAAAUCAUCAGGUUAGUGUGUCACCUCGGUGACGGUGUGUCGCUGCACGUUAGUGUGUCACCUCGGUGAUGGUGUGUCGCUGCACGCUAGUGUGUCACCUCGGUGACGGUGUGUCGCGGCACGUUAGUGUGUCACCUCGGUGCAGGCGUGUCGCGUGAAAAUAAGCGAUACAAUCUUGAACAAUUUUUUUUUCCGGACAUCAAAGGAGCCGAGAGGUAUGGCGCAUCGUCUCCCUCUUCUUCAGAUCAAUUAGGCAACAGGUUAACAAAAUGCUUUCUCGUGUCCAGCGUGCGACGCCACUUACUUCGGCAAGGAUUGCCUGGAGCGAUGCAGUGACCAGUGCUUGGACCAGCUGUGUAAUAGCACCGACGGUCAGUGUCUAGAGUGUCCACCAGGCAGGACGGGUGAUAUGUGUCAAGACGGUAUGUAACAAUGCACAUAAUGUUAUCCAAACAAGAGUUUAAAUUUGGUGCCCAUUGGAAUGACAGUCCAUUAAAUGUUCAUUUUAUUUUUCGAAGUGGCUAUUCGGACCCGGGUCCGACAAGUGAGAGGUUGGGAUUAAAAUUUAAAAAUAAAAUAUUAUUGUUAGGUUGUAAGACUAAAUUUGGUAUCCAAUGAAAGAUAAUUGGAUGAACUAUAUGUUUGUAAACUUACUUCUUCAGUUUAACUAAAAUAAACUAUAUAUUUUAGUAAUAAAAAUGAAGUGAAAGACUCGGGAUUGAAUUUUCCAGGCACCGGAGUACUUUCUCAGACAGACAUAGUCCGACCUCCGACUCCUCAGAGCUUACAUUCAUUUCAUAUUUCAGAUUGCCCGCAGGGGAUGUUCGGUCAAGCUUGUAAGGAGCCGUGUAGCCGCGGCUGUGCCCGGGGGAGCUGCAAUUCGUUCUCAGGAACCUGCACGUACGGGUGUUUGGAUGGAUAUAUAGGAGACACGUGCAACGAUUGUAAGCUUGAACGAAAUGUACUGUUAUAGCCUGCGUGCUGACUUAAUUUUACUGUCGACGUACAGCUGGCGCAUCCACAUUUUCUCUUCUCUUUUUUUGUUUUCUUCUGAAAUUGACGUCACCGAUGAAAUGAGUAGCGCUGUACCACAUCAUUCCCUCCCUUAAUUGAGAAAAAGGUGUUUGCGUUCUAAUUUAUGUUAAAGAACGCCUUCGGGUGAUGCUAUUUCUAUAAUUUAUUUUCUCGAGGGUUCCAACUCCCUAACUAUAAAUAAGCUAGUAGCUUUCCCAGCCGGCAGAGAUUUUCGUAAAUUAUCCUAGACUUUACGAGACCUAAUAUACUCAUAGGAGCCUUACAAGAUCGCUCUAUGUGUGUGUGUGUGUGUGUGUGUGUGUGUUUAAAAUAUUAGCUUUCGAGUUUUAUACAUUUUAUUUCUGCAUAUUUUGGAUUUUGUACUUUUAUAUAAAUUAAACAGGCAAAUUAAAUGGAGUAGUGUUGAUUAAUAUCAUUAGCUUUGGUAUGGCUUUGGUGUUGCUUUGGUGUUGCUUUGGUAUGGCUUUGGUAUGGCUUUGGUAUGGCUUUGGUAUAGGUUUGGUAUGGCUUUGGUAUGGCUUUGGUAUGGCUUUGGUAUGGCUUUGGUAUAGGUUUGGUAUGGCUUUGGUAUGGCUUUGGUAUGGCUUUGGUAUGGCUUUGGUGUUGCUUUGGUAUGGCUUUGGUAUGGCUUUUGUAUGGCUUUUGUAUGGCUUUAGUAUGGCUUUGGUAUGGCUUUGGUAUGGCUUUGGUAUGGCUUUGGUGUUGCUUUGGUAUGGCUUUGGUAUGGCUUUGGUAUGGCUUUGGUGUUGCUUUGGUAUGGCUUUGGUAUGGCUUUGGUGUUGCUUUGGUAUGGCUUUGGUGUUGCUUUGGUAUGGCUUUGGUAUUUUUGUGCACUGGUUUUCAGUCCUUUAUACGCAUUUUUCAUCUCACAAGUGAAAACUUAAAACUGAUUAGAUUUGCAAAACCAUAUAGCGGUACGUAUGUAUCCACGUAAGCGAUGUACUUAACACAACCGGAGCCCCCUGUCCAUUAAUAUGGCACCUGAGUUUGAUCAUUUUUUGGUUACUGACUCCUUGACCAAAUGACGCCAUGACUCAUGAUACUUCUAAUGUAUCGACUCCUUCACUUAAUGACAUGACUCCAUGUUAAUUCUGUUUGACUCCAUAACCACAUGACACCAAAACUCCAUGGUAUCUGAACUCUGUACCUUGAGCCUGUAGCCUUCGUUAGCAUCAGCUUCCGAGCCACUCUAUCACGGCAAGAUCUUUCCUUCAGACUGUGACAGCUCAAAGUUUGGUGCCGACUGCCAGUUCACGUGCAGCCCACAUUGUCACGACAGCCUCCACAACAUGUCAGAAAUUGCCGUAUGUCACCACAGUAAUGGCGUGUGUCUCGGUGGAUGUAAACCUGGAUACGACGGAUUACAAUGUACCCACGGUAAGAUCAUUGUCAGAAUCGUGUUUUUUGUGUGUGUCUUUGUGAUGUCUUUGUGAUGUCGUUGUGGUGUCUUUGUGAUGUCGUUGUGAUGUCUUUGUGAUGUCUUUGUUAACUUGUUAAGCACAUAAUUAAGAAAUCCUCGCUCCAAAAAAUGAUCAUGCUUUAACGGAGGACAUAGAGGUCAAAGACCUGCAAAAUGACUGUGAUCAACUCGGUCUUGAUACCUACAAAGCAUCCUACCCCAACAAGGAAACAGCCCAACAUAUCUAGGUCUCCAUAUCUAGGUCUCCAUAUCUAGGUCUCCAUAUCUAGGUCUCCAUAUCUAGGUCUCCAUAUCUAGGUCUCCAUAUCUAGGUCUCCAUAUCUAGGUCUCCAGUUGCAUAGGGAUCUCAAUUUAAAUUAAAAAUCAUUAUUUAAAACUUGAAAGGAACAUCAACAAGACGGCAUAACCUUAUAGCUGGUCACUACCUUAUGGGGUAGUGACAAGACCACGCAGCCUGGCCAGUACCUCAUGGGGCAGUGACAAGACCACAUCGCCUGGACAGUACCUCAUGGGGCAGUGACAAGACCACACAACCUGGCCAGUACCUCAUGGGGCAGUGACAAGACCACACCGCCUGGCCAGUACCUCAUGGGAGAGUGACAAGACCACACGGCCUGGCCAGUACCUCAUGGGGCAGUGACAAGACCACAUUGCCUGAACAGUACCUCAUGGGGCAGUAACAAGACCACACCGCCUGGCCAGUACCUCAUGGGGCAGUGACAAGACCACACCGCCUGGCCAGUACCUCCUACGGGCACUGUUAGCUUUAAGCACCAUUUGGCGCACGAUGACUGAAUCAAUGGCAGGGGUCAGUGGUCAGAUAUGACCUUGGAAUAAACGUUGUAUUCCCAGAUCCAACCAGUGUGAAUACUCCCAAAGAUCACAGACGUACCCACACACCCACACCCCACACCUACCCACACAUCCACACCCCACACCUACCCACACAUCAACACACACAGCCUUGUUUAUAAUAUUAAUAUAAUUCAAAAAGUUAUAUUUUAAACAAAAUGUGGUCAAUAUUUAUUUGGGCCGUUAGAAUAUUAAACUUCUUUUCGGUGUUUAUGAUGAAUGUAUCAUCCCGUAUAAUUUUGACAGUCUCCCUUAAAAAUAACGCAUAGAUCUGUUUCAAUGUUGCAGAGUGUGUAGCCACAUAUUAUGGGGAGCACUGCAGGCAAAGAUGCAGCAGCGAUUGCUUGAAUAAUUUUUGUCACCAUAUUAAUGGGAACUGUUUGGCUUGCCCGCCUGGAAAAUCCGGCCAUCUCUGCCAAAUCGGAGGUACAGUGCUGUUGUAAUAUAAUUAUUGUUUUUUUUAAAGUAUAUUUCUCAAACUGCAAAUUACGCCCGUGUUUGUUGGUUUAUGUACCUUUUAAUAACAAAUUAAAAUUGAUCUCAUUGUCAAGCUCAAGGUGCACCUUACAUAAUUAGUAUCACAAAGCAUUCCGACGACAUUGUAUUACUUAGUAUAUUCAAUUCAAUACCUCCAAUAUAACAUAGUAUAUUAUCAAAUAGUUUUGAUUAACUCGCGUGUAGCACUGAUUAGCAUCUCAAUAUCAUUGAUUACCUCCCCCCCCACCCCCCACCCCCAGCCUGUGCUGAGACCUACUACGGCGCCCACUGUCAACACAGAUGCAGUCCAAAUUGUUUGGAUCGUAUUUGUAACGGAACUGAUGGCGUCUGCAUCGACUGUCCAGUAGGACGAGCUGGAGAAUCUUGUCUAGAAGGUAAGGCUACAACAUGAGUUGCUACAUCGGUCGCCGCUACGUUUGUGGCUAGAACAUUCGAGGCUACAAACAUUCAGGGCUACACCAUUCAAGACCACACCAUUCACCGUUACAAAGUUCCCGGGUACAGAUUUCACGGCCACACAUCCAAGGCCACACAUUCAAGGCCACACAUUCAAGGUCACACAGUCAAUGCCACACAGUCAAGGCCACACAGUCAAGGCCACACAGUCAAGAACACACAGUCAAGGCAACAAUAUUUACAGCUGAUUAUUCACUGCCACCACAUCUACGGUGCAGCAUUCCAAGUUACACAAUUCACAAUUGUUGUUCAAGUGAGUGUAAAGGGGGAUGUUCCUGGGAACGUUUCAGGUGGUGGGAGGGCUUGUUCAUGGGAAUUGUAGGAGGGGUUUGUUUGAUCGUGGAGGGUGAUUUCAUGGGCGUGUUGGAGCGUUGAUUUUGGGCAUGUUUGGGGGGCGGAGGGCGUGCUCAUCCGCAACAUGUAGGGGGAUGAGCAUUGGGAGUUUUUUAGUGUUAAGUUUUCAUUUGAUUGUGGAUGAAGAGUUUACGUUGGAUUAUUGAUGAUGAGUUUACAUGGUAUUGUGGAUGAGCACUGUAAAUUAAGGAUCGUUAAUUGGAAUGAUAGUUGUGUUCAUGGGAAUAUUGAAAUGUAAUGAACAUGAGAUUUUUGGAGAGAUAUUUCAUUGGAAUGUUUGAUGGGUAUCCUUCACGGGCAUGGGGAUCGGGAGCGCUAGUUGGAUUUUGAAUUAAGAACCUGAACUGGAUUGUGGAUGUGGAUUACACGUGAAUGUCUCAUAAGGUUGCUUUAUGGAGUGAAGAUUUCGAUUUUUUUAUUGGUUAGAACGGUGGAGUAUCAAUAAUUAAAAACAACUUUAAACCAUAAAAUAUUCAACUAAUAUACAUGUAUCGUGUUGUCCAGAUUGUCCAGCCACCUUCUAUGGACAAGGCUGUGAACGCAGGUGUAUACUUGGCUGUUUAAACCAGUUGUGUAACGGCAUCACCGGACACUGCCUGGACUGUCCACCCGGGAAGAACGGAAGUCACUGCGAGUUUUAUUCAGCAGGUGAGAGUGACUUCCCAUUUUUCUCUCCAAUUACAUCCCAAUAUAUUACCUUCUUUGGUUGGAUGUUACCGCCAUACCUUUCCCCAACAAGGGCUGCUGUCACGUUUACAUCAUCCUUGCAGCAAUUGCCUUCCAUCCUAACGUGAUCCGUCAGUCUAAUGGUUCAUGAACGUUGCAGGUCAAGAGACGGGUGAACAUGUUGAGAUCAUCGUUGCCGGUGUGGUGGCCGGAGUGCUAACGGUAGUGAUUGUGGUCAUCGGGAUGGUGUAUUGGAGGUAAGACGAGAUAUGGUAAUUGGACUCAUUGGAAUAGUGUGUUGUUGUUUUUUUUCGGGGGGGGGGGGAGAAAGGACCUGAUGUGGUGAUUGUAGUUAUUCGGAUAGUGUAUUGAAGGUAAGAUUUGAAACAUUCCACAGCUCAGUGACAUUCUAAAAGAAAAUAUUAGUGAAUGUGAUGACAAAUGUCUAAGUAAAAUUAAUCAAAAUAUUAUUGGGAAAUCUUUUCAUUUCGCACAUACCCUCAAAGAACUGGUCACGUGACUCGUACAUUCAGAAUCUGUUUUCACCAAAAUUCUUUACAUCUUGGAAAUUUUUUUUUUUCGACUGACGCAGACGCCACUCAUUUUGGACAUUUAAAUCAGCUGUUCUGAGCUUUUCUUUCAGCCUUACUCCCCUUCUUUCAGCCUCCCCACCCUCAUCAGCCUUACUCCCCAUCUUUCAGCCUUACUCCCCAUCUUUCAGCCUUACUCCCCUUCUUUCAGCCUUACUCCCCUUCUUUCAGCCUUACUCCCCUUCUUUCAGCCUUACUCCCCUUCUUUCAGCCUUACUCCCCUUCUUUCAGCCUUACUCCCUCCCCUUCUUUCAGCCUUACUCCCUCCCCUUCUUUCAGCCUUACUCCCCUUCUUUCAGCCUUACUCCCCUUCUUUCAGCCUUACUCCCCAUCUUUCAGCCUUACUCCCCUUCUUUCAGCCUUACUCACCUUCUUUCAGCCUUACUCCCCUUCUUUCAGCCUUACUCCCCUUCUUUCACCCUUACUCCCCUUCUUUCAGCCUUACUCGCCAUCUUUCACCCUUACUCCCCACCUUUUCUUUCAGCCUUACUCCCCUUCUUUCAGCCUUACUCGCCAUCUUUCAGCCUUACUCCCCUUCUUUCAGCCUUACUCCCCUUCUUUCAGCCUUACUCCCCUUCUUUCAGCCUUACUCCCCUUCUUUCAGCCUUACUCCCCUUCUUUCAGCCUUACUCGCCAUCUUUCAGCCUUACUCGCCAUCUUUCAGCCUUACUCGCCAUCUUUCAGCCUUACUCGCCAUCUUUAAGCCUUACUCCCUUCUUUCAGCCUUACUCCCCUUCUUUCAGCCUUACUCGCUGCAAAUACAUGCUUAUUGUAAAAACCCACUAAGCCAUUCGAACAGCUACUAAUGCAAGAUUAUUGUAAACUCUCACCAAGCCAUUCAUACAGCUUCUAAUACAGGCUUAUAGUAGACUCUAACUAAGCCAUUCGUACAGCUACUAAUACAGGCUCAUACCAAACUCUCACUAAGCCAUUCGUACAGCUGAUAAUUCAGGCUUGUAGGAAACUCCCUCUAAGCCAUUCGUACAGCUACUAAUACAGGCUUAUUGUAAACUCUCUCUAAGCAAUUCGUCCUGCUACUAAUACAGGCUUAUAGAAAACUCUCACUAAGCCAUUCGUAAAGCUACUAGACUCUAAUACAGGCUUAUUGUAAAAUCAGCAAUACCCUUGUUUCCAUUCAGAAAACGGAUAUCUCUACUUUUUCGACGGACGAAGGUCAGCUUCGAAUACGCACGACGGUGGGAGUCACGUGACCCGAAUCUAGAUGAUAACUCAUUUCAUGAAGAGGACAGAACGUAGGAGUGAGACCGAUCAAAAGAGGACAGAGCAUAGCAACGAGACAGAUCAAAAGAGGAGAGAACUUAGCAGUGAGACGGAUCAAAAGAGGAGAGAACUUAGCAGUGAGACGGAUCAAAAGAGGAGAGAACUUAGCAGUGAGACGGAUCAAAAGAGGAGAGAACUUAGCAGUGAGACGGAUCAAAAGAGGAGAGAACUUAGCAGUGAGACGGAUCAAAAGAGGAGAGAACUAAGCAGUGAGACGGAUCAAAAGAGGAGAGAACUUAGCAGUGAGACGGAUCAAAAGAGGAAAGAACAUAGCAAUGAGACGGAUCAAAAGAGGAGAGAACUUAGCAGUGAGACAGACCACAAGAGGAAAGGGCGUGGCAGAAAGGCAGAUCAAAAGAGGAAAGAACAUAGCAGUGAGACGGAUCAAAAGAACUCAUUUCAUAAUUUGACUUGUUUCAGUGCAUAUACACAUAUAUAUCCUUACAGUAUUGUCGAGUAUAUUUUUGGACAAAUGUCGAGUGGAACAAUUUUUCUUAUAGGAAAUGAGUAAAACAGAGUAUGUGAAAACCUCAAAAAAGGAACGCCACAAAAACAACGAACGUGUCGGCAGGAAGCCGUCAGUGAACAAACAACAAAAAAAAAAAACCAACAGAAUUAAAUAAAAAUAAUAGCGCUUAGCUGAAAAGUAGUCUCCAGGAGGCCCGCAAAAGAAUUGUGUGGAAUUUUUCCUACAGCGUUUUUAAUUCUAGAAAUGUAAUUGUAUUGAUUUUUUUUUUUUCGUCCAAAGAGUUUUUUUAAAAAAAAAAUUAUUUUUUUUCGUCCCAAGUAAAGGAACUAAAACUCCGUAUCUUAAAACCGUCUGCUAGGGUUCAACUAACAAACAAAAAAAAAAAAAAACCAAAAGAAUUAAAUAAAAAUAAUAGCGCUUAGCUGAAAAGUAGUCUCCAGGAGGCCCGAAAAAGAAUUGUGUGGAAUUUUUCCUACAGCGUUUUUAAUUCUAGAAAUGUAAUUGUAUUGAUUUUUUUUUUUUCGUCCAAAGAGUUAUUUUAAAAAAAAAAUUAUUUUGAUGCGUCACAAGUAACGGAACUGAAACUCCGUAUCUUAAACACGUCUGCUAGGGUUCAACGGUCCAACGGUCCAUCCUCCUCGUGUUCUUAAUGUUGAAAAACGAAGAUAUGUUGAUCAGUUGUAGUUGGAAAAUGGGUUUCGCGACCGUGAAAUAAGUUAUUCAUUACUUUAGAUCGCACUUAUAUGAUCACGAAGAGGGAGAGGAGUUGGGGGAAAAAAAGGGUAAGAGAACAAACGCGUGUGAGGGUGACAAAGCCGGGCAACUAGGUGACAUGAUUAUGCUGUCCAUGGUUAUGAAAUUUCACCUUACAGGAAGUCUACUGUGUCGAACGGAAAGGGGGAAAUCUUGUCGAUUGGUUACUGUUUCGAAAGAGAUUCACACACGUGUCCUCAAGUAGGGCCGCAUAUGCUACCCCCCCCCCCAUUAAGUUUUAGACCUAGAUCCCUGAAAUUGAUCGUCAGUGAAUUCAUUGGUUGACGGAGACAUACAUGCGAAACAAGAUGAUGAAAUCGUGAAAUAUUUUUGUCUGUGGAGUAAGAGGGUUAAUAUUUUAUAGGAAUGCGUCUCUGGCGAAAUUCACAUUCACUUAAUGCGAAGCUAUUUUUGGAAAUGGGUCUCUCCGAGGAGGAAAAAAUUUUGGCAGAAACUUCACUCAUACGUUUAAAAGCACCAAGGAUGACCGUGGUUUGAAAAUGGUUUGAAGAACUUUCACGAGAGAAAUAUAUUUUAAAGAGGCGGCACCCACUAACAUGUUUCUGAAAAGGUUCUCUGUCAAAAGAAUUAGAAAGUAGGAUCAAACUGUACGUGAAUGUGACUUCCGUCGGAGAACCACCCCAAAUAUAAAACACUUUCAUUAAACACUUUCAUUAUACACUUUCAUUAAACACUUUCAUUAUACACUUUCAUUCUACACUUUCAUUAUACACUUUCAUUAUACACUUUCAUUAUACACUUUGUUAAGAAACAACACACCAUUUAAUUCAUUUAAUUAGGACGAUUUGUUGAUAUCAAUACGAGUAUUUGUUAAAAGUGUUUUAAAGACUCAUUUUUAGAAUAUCGUGUUAAGACUUAAUGAAUGCAUAUUCAAAUUGAUAAUGGUAAAAUCUCGUGUAAUCUAAUUGCUUUUCGUUUAAUCUAAAAAAAAAAAAUGUGUUUAAAUAAAUUUUUUGUUGUUUUAAUGUUUGACCCUCUAUGUAACACACGAUGAAAAUAAUUCUUUGUGUAACUCAAGGUUCUUCAAAGUAUUAUUUUGUAUAACUCUAAUUUCUAAAUAUAUAAAGUGUUGUACAAAGGUCGCCUAGCCAAUCUUUACUUUCCUAUCAUUGGGGUGGCUGGAGGUUUUGGUGCAUGGGGCGGUCACUGACAUCACCGCCCCUCUUUCAAGAGAAACACAAUGCGCGUACAGAAUAAACAUUGACAUUUUAAACUAUGUCAAAUGACACCCCAACCCCCCCCCCCAAUCCCUUACUCCUCUCCACCACCCCAACUCCCACCUCAUCUCCACUUGUCAGUGAUUCC